UUGGCUCCCUGAGCAGCACCAUGGCGGUGGGCAAGAAAAAGAGCCUUAAGAAAGGCGGCAAAAAGGGAGCCAAGAAGAAAGUGGUUGAUCCAUUUUCUAAGAAAGAUUGUUGUGAUGUGAAAGCACCAGCUCUGUUCUUUACGAAAGAUAGAAAAACACUAGUCACGAGAACUCAAGGAACCAAAAUUGCAUCUUACUCAGCAACUUUCAAGCAUACAAAUGAUCUGGGCUUUGUGUGGAGCAAAGUGGCAAGGACCCCGCCCAAAGAUCUGAUAACUGUGUGCCUCAGUCUCAAGGAAGCAGAAAAACUUCGCAGCAUCAGGGAACAAAAGCCUAGGCACUACUAG